UUCUUUUUUUCUGAGAAAUAUAUAUUGAUGUUGUUGUCUUCCAUAGAUGGAUAGAUCUAUGAUUUUAUGCUUAAUUUUGUUUUUGAUUUCUUUCUUUUCCCAAUCACCUCAUAAAAAACAUUCAUAAGGGGGGUGUGGGGGGGAAGUUAUAGAUAUAUAUAGUACUUACUGAUCAUUCUCUUGUAAUUCUGAUGAAACCAGAAAGCUCUCUUUAUUUUUGUUUCUGAUCAUCCAUCUCUCCUUUUGUUUGUUUCCUAAAUCAUGAUCAUCAUCAUGCAGCAGCAGCAGCUGUCUGUCUUAUGGGUUUUUUCUUCUCUUUCAGUAGUACUACUAGCAAAACACAAUCAAUCCUAUGAUCUAUCUUUGAGUGAAGGAGUGUGGUUUUUUUUUGUUUUUGUUUUUUACUGUCCUUUUUCUUCUGAACAUGUGAUUGAUUAAUUAAUUAAUUAAUUACAUCAAAUUAAAAUUCCUUAAAUUUGUUUACUGAUCUUUAAUAUUGUUUACUAAUUAGGGUAAUAUUGUUGUGAAGAAGGGUGGGUUGGGGACGGGGGCGAUGAUGAUGGAAGAAUCAAAGGCGGCUGCAGGCGGUGAUCAAAAGAGGCCAAGGCCGCAGAAAGAGAAAGCAGUGAAUUGUCCGAGGUGUAAUUCAAUCAAUACCAAGUUUUGUUACUACAAUAAUUACAGUCAAUCUCAGCCAAGGUAUUUCUGCAAGACUUGCAGAAGGUAUUGGACUGAAGGUGGGACAUUAAGGAGUGUUCCUGUCGGAGGAGGUUCUAGGAAGAACAAGAAAUCAUCAUCAUCAUCAUCAAGGAAAGAACAUGUUCUUGAUCUGAACCCAAUAAUAAGCAGCUUCCCAUUAUCAGAUCAUCAUCAUCAUAAUAAUUCCAACACCUCUGCCUCCUCCCAAAAGGGUGGUCAAGAUCUGAACUUGGCAUAUGGUUACAACAGCAAUUUGAUCCUAAAUCCAUCAUCUGCUGCUGCUAAUAACCUAACGGGCAUGACUCCAAAAGGGCUAAUGACAUGUUUCAUGCCUCCGAUGUCAGCUGGUAAUAUCUUCUCGUCGUCGUCUGGAUUUCCAUGUAAUUCACAUGAAUUAUUUAUGAAGCCGCCACCAGUACCACCACCAAGUCUGAACUUUUCCUUGGAUGGAUUUGGGAAUAUUAAUGGAUAUGGAAUUGAUCAUGAUCAUGAUCAUCAUCAUCAAGAUCAGGGUAGUGCUAAGAUGUUCUUUCCUCUUGAGGACUUGAAGCUGCAGCAGGCAGCAUCAUCAACAAGUCAUCAACAAAUAUUUGAUCAAAAUAAUAAUAGAGUGCUGCAUGGAUCAGAGCCGUCCGUUGGUGGGUAUUGGAGUGGGAUGUUGGGUGGAUCGGGAUCAGGAACAGGAUCAUGGUGAGUUAAUUAAACCAUGGAAAGGAAAAGAAAAGAAAGUUGGCUAUUUGAUCUUGCUUUUCUUUCAUAAUGGUGAGUGAAUGAAUGACUCAUGAGUGACUGUGUUUUACCUUUUAUUAUUUUUUUUUUUUUGUUUUUGUCUUUAUCCUCCCCUUUCGGAUUGGAAACUAACAGCUAGCUUGUGAGUAAAAUUGGUUUUUUUUCAAGGUUUUCAUUCAGCUAUCUUUUUAAUUUUAUUAUUAAAGGGUGGGUUUGUAUAUCCUAGUUAAUUUCGUGGAUUCUCUGUCUUAAUUAAUUAAAGAGCUUGUUAAUUUGAUGCA